UCCACAAUGGUCUAUCCCCUACAAGAGUAACAGCUGAGCUAGCCUUGCUGCUCAUGCCGGAGAAUCUCGGAAGGCGUAGUAUUCAUCUUUCCAAAUAACCAGUAGGCCGUCACUACUCGUCUUUUCGAGGCGUUUGAGUGCUCUUGUCCCUUUUACAUCGCCAAAAUGUGUGCGGCCAAAAAGGGAGACUUGUCCCCCAGCGAAAAGGAGUUGUUUGACGUUAUCACGACAGGAAAUGUCCAAGAGGCGUCCAGACUACUGGGCUGCAAAGAUGUCAGAGUCAACUGCCUGGAUGAGUACGGCAUGACACCGCUGAUGCACGCCGCCUACAAGGGCAAAGCUGACAUGUGCAAGCUGCUGCUGAGACACGGCGCCGACGUCAACUGCAACCACCACGAGCAUGGAUACACUGCGCUCAUGUUUGCCGGACUCUCGGGGAAGACUGACAUCACGUGGAUGAUGUUGGAUGCUGGGGCUGAGACAGACGUGGUCAACUCUGUUGGGAGGACCGCCGCACAGAUGGCCGCCUUUGUUGGUCAACACGACUGCGUGACGGUGAUCAACAACUUCUUCUCUCGCGCCCGACUGGACUACUACACCAAAGCCCAAGGUCUGGAGAAGGAACCCAAGCUGCCCCCGAAGCUGGCUGGACCUCUUCACAAGAUCAUCAUGAGUACCAACCUCAACCCUGUUAAGAUGGUGCUGCUGGUGAAGGAGAACCCGCUGCUGGCCUCUCCCUCGGCCCUGGACAAGUGUCGUCGCGUGAUGGAGCUGAUCUGCGAGAAGUGCAUGAAACAGCGUGACAUGAACGAAGUGCUGGCCAUGAAGAUGCACUAUAUCAGCUGCGUGCUGGCCAAGUGCGUCUCUUUCCUCAACGAGCGCGAUGACCAGCUGGACGGACUCGUUAAAAGCCUGCUGAAAGGCCGAGACAGCGACGGCUUCCCGGUGUACCAGGAGAAGUUCAUCCGCGAGUGUGUGCGCAAGUUCCCCUACUGCGACGCCACGCUGCUGCAGCAGCUGGUGCGCAGCAUCGCUCCAGUUAGCAUCGGCAACGACCCCACAGCUCUGUCGGUGCUGACGCAAGCCAUCACGGGUCAGGUCGGCUUCAUGGACGCAGAGUUCUGCACCACGUGUGGAGACAAAGGAGCCCAGAAAAGAUGCUCCAUUUGUAAAAUGGUGACCUACUGCGGCCAAGCGUGUCAGAAGUUGCACUGGUUCACGCAUAAGAAAGUCUGCAAGAAACUUGAAGAGCAGCGAGAGGAGCACCAAGCGCAAAGCAACCAAGUCACAGAGGAGAGUGAAGCAGUGGACGAGGCCUCGGAGUCCAUGAAGCAACUUCACGUGGGCGCCAACAGCCAG